AUGGCCUGGCAAUCUCCAGCCAUGUCUGGGUUUGGCGGCAUGCCGGGAUCGAUGGGCGAUAGCUCUAGUGGCGGACACUCGCAGGGGACGGAGUACACGCUGCAAGGGGUGAUGCGUUUCCUUCAAACGGAAUGGCAUCGGCACGAACGCGAUCGCAACGCCUGGGAAAUCGAGCGUGCGGAGAUGAAGUCUCGUAUCGGCCGGCUCGAAGGAGAACUGAGGACUAGCAAACAGUUGCAUGAGUCUCUUGGUAAGCAUGUUCGGCUGAUGGAGGCAGCCUUGAAGAAGGAAAGGGAGAAGGCGAAGAAGCUCUCCAACAACGAGAAAGUCGAUGUCCAGGACCCCAAGGACAUUGCGCGUGACAGCGUAAGCUUUUUGAAAGCGCAACGCUCUUCACCGAGCUCGGACCCGAACGUCAACAAGGACGACCCUGAGAAUUUCCCACCUCCAGAGUUCCGCCAGGAGGACGAACGAGAAAAGUCGCGGGUAUAUCUAUCCCGAUGCGCACAGGAGGUUGCAUACCAUGUGAUCCCUACAUCCCACCCUGCCCCGGACCUCUCGGAGCCCGAGUUGAUUUACGGAAACCCGCAGCUCUCCCAGCAGAACCUGGAGGAGGCAUACCUGCAGCAGCAGUUUCAAAAAACAAACCAGCGUCUGCCGCGCGAGGGGGCACUCAUGAACCAUCAGCCUUCGCCUAGUCAAUAUGCAGAGAAUACUCGUAUGCAGAAUCAGUUUGAAUCUGGACAGGCGUCCAUUGAACGACGACAGAUGGAACCUCAACAGAGCGCAGUCACCGUAACUGAUAACCGCAAGCACGCCUACGAACAAGGGUUGGUCGAAGAGCGAGCGAUGGGGCAGCACUCAGCUUUCGAGAUCCAGGGCCCUCAAGUGGCCGUCAAGGAAGAUCUGCACCCGCAAAACAAAUCAGAAGAAGCAGCAGAAGACAUGGAUGGUUGGAAUUUCGAUGAGCCCAGCGAGAAGGAACCGGCCAGCGAGCCUAUGCCACCCCAUCGUCCCGACACAGAUGCGUUCCCGAACGCCAAUUUUGUUAACCCGAAGUCCCCCUCUCGCGGAGGAUCACUUUCUCAACGGCGCAAGAGCUCCGGCUCACGACGCAAGAGUGACGGUGCGAUUGACUCGCGAGACUUUGGCGCUGGGGUUGGCCAGCAGGAUUCCAAUUUCAAGGUUCGGUUUGCCCUCCGCGGACACCUCGACGUUAUUCGUUCUGUCAUCUUCACUGGCGGUGGAAGCCCUUCAGAACCGGAAAUUUGUACAUGCAGUGAUGACGGAACGAUAAAACGUUGGAUUAUUCCCGCAACAUAUGGUACCUUUGGGGCACAUGGCCCUAGCUCGAGCAACGACUUGGACAUCCUCAGUUACUUCACCCACCGCGGUCACGUUGGCGCAGUCACGUCGUUGGCUGCUUGCUCUCCGUCCCAGAAUAUUUCCAACGGUGGACGGGCUUCGGGCGAUGGAUGGGUUUUCUCAGGUGGACAGGACGCUAGCGUGCGAGUCUGGGAACGCGGUAGAGUUGAUCCUAAGGCCACCUUGGACGGACAUACGGAUGCCGUGUGGGCUCUUUGUGUGCUUCCAGGUACGGCAGGCUCGGUCUAUGGCGAUUCUUGCAGUCACUAUGGUGGCCAGGACAGAAUUUUGCUGGCUUCUGGUGCUGCUGAUGGCCGUAUUCUCAUCUGGGCAGUUACUCCCCCGCCCCUUGUUUCUUCACCCCAGGCAGGGUCACGUCGCCAAGGUGGAAGCCGGCGUGCGAACUCGAUUUCUUCUGGGUCAAACUUCCCAUCCUCUCCUCAGCCCAGCGUUGCUACCAGCACUCCUUUCAACUACACCCUCGUUCAUCACAUCAUGCGAACUGAUUCCCCGUCUCCAACAUGCAUUAGCCCGCUUUCUCUGGCCGGUGUGAACUUUGUGGUUUCCUAUACCGAUGCAUCCAUCCUGGUCUACGACACCCGAACCGGCGAGGAGAUCGUGGGCAUGGCCAGCCUAGAGACCUACGAUGGUACGCCAUCGACUGGGGUCAAUUCAGUGGUUGCUACAACUGUUGGCUUCGAUGGAUCUGCCAAUCUAGACCCCAACCGCACCAUGACCGAGGAGGAAGUGGUGCACGGAGCUACCGGCUCGAGUAGCGUGGAGGGUGUGAUUAUCAGCGGCUACGAAGAUCGAUACAUCCGCUUUUUCGAUGCGAAUAGUGGCCAAUGCACGUACACCAUGCUGGCUCACCCUGCUGCGAUCGCCGCCCUGUCUCUGUCCCCCGAUGGUCGCGAACUUGUCUCUGCGGGCCAUGAUGCCAGUCUCCGUUUCUGGAACCUGGAGAAACGCAGCUGCACCCAGGAAUUGACCAGCCACCGGCUGAUGCGUGGUGAAGGUGUCUGCGCUGUCAUCUGGAGCCGCGACGGACGCUGGGUCGUCAGUGGCGGCGGAGAUGGUGUGGUGAAGGUGUUCUCCCGAUGA